UACAGCGGCUGGUUUCGUGGAUUGAAGAGUGCAUCUAUAUCGAGCCAAAAAGGACACAUCAUUUGGAGAAAUAAUUGGGUAACAUUUAUGGACUCUAUGUUACAGAUGAAACUUAUCGGAUAUGAUACUAGAGAUCUGUAUGUUCCUACGAGUAUUCAAAAAAUAGUGAUCAAUCCAAUGCUUCACGCUUGCAAGCUACAGAAUAUCACGGAUAGUGGAGAAGUUACAACAGACAUUGAUAAACCAUUACCGAUACAAAUAUACAAAGAAAUAGACACGAUUAAAGCUGGUGGAAUAGAGAUACGAGGUCUUAAAACCACUCAAAUCAAUCGCCGGAAUUUAGCUCAAGAUGCUGUUCUUGAGGAAUAUACAUUUGUAACUCAUUGUGAUCGCGCUAAAAUUUCUUUAAACGAAGCAAUUCGGAUAUCAGCACAACUCGCUCUGGAAGAUCAUCAAAUUAUCAAUGUGAAAGUUGUGGAACUAGUGAAAAAUGAAGAUGAUGUUGCAUUAGAAUAUCUCUCAUCUUCGCUGCUGCUUGAGGCAUUUGAUGAUAUGCCGUUAAUACAAACGAGUAUCACUCUAUUAACAUCACCGAAUCGUUUUAGUGCAGAAGAUUUAUCGCAAAACUUUUCAAUCAGAGGUUCUGAAAAAUCAUUUUCAGAUGACGAAGCUUUAAUUGUUGCUGGAUUCAACCUUUUGACCAAACCAUAUGAAUCGUUAAAGCAACUAUUGCCAUUUUUGAGAGAAGGUGGUUUCCUAUUGACGCGUGAAAAAUAUGGCGUGAUCGACUAUACGAAACAUUUACAACAGUACGAAUUAAAUGUUGUUCUUGAAAAGUGCACUGAUGAAGAAAUGAUUGUACUUCUGAAGAAGAAAAUUUUGAUAGAAAAAAGGAUUGUUGUCCACAUAAGUAAUGAUAACUUCAAUUGGCUGGAGAAUCUAAAGCCGCUGGUGAACGAUGAGAACAAGCUCGAUGAGAAUAAUAGAAUUAUAAUUGUCGGAGAGGGAGAUUUUGAAUGCGGUUUAUUGGGUUUUAUUAAUUGCUUGAGAAAAGAGCCAGGCGGAAAACUUGUUAGAGGUGUGCUCCUUCAAGAUGAGAAAGCUCCUAAAUUCUCUCUUGAUGAUCCCUUCUAUCUACAGCAAUUACAAAAAGAUAUGACCAUUAAUGUAUUGCGACUUAAUAAAACUUGGGGAUCGUACAGACAUUUGAAAUUAGCACAAUCCGAAGCUAGACCUGUACCUACCGCUCAUGUCCGUCAAUUGGUUUGUGGUGAUCUAAGUACAAUUCAUUGGGUAGAGAACAAUAUAUCAGUUGAGUCUCGUCGUGAGAAUUUAGUGAAUGUUGUUUAUUCAUCUCUGAAUUUCAAAGAUGUAUUGCUUACGACUGGUAAAUUAAUAUUUACUCGAACGCUUUUGAAAGGACGGUUAGAUCAAUAUUUUCCUAUUGGAAUGGAAUACGUAGGAUGGGAUUCUAACAGGCAACGUGUAAUGGGAAUUCGUGGAACUGAUUGCAUAGCAAACGUCGUUGAGAAAGAUGAUGAUCUUUAUUGGUACAUACCCGAUGCGUGGACAUUCGAGGAGGCUGCGACAAUCCCAACGGUUUACAGCACCGUUUAUUUAGCUUUAUAUGUUUAUGGGAAAAUAAAAAAAGGUGAUACAAUACUUAUACAUUCUGGUACUGGAGGCGUUGGACAAGCAGCUAUUCAUCUCGCUCUCAAAGAAGAAUGUGAGGUGUUUACUACCGUGGGCACGAGUGAUAAACGGGAUUUUAUUAAAAAAUUGUUUCCGACUAUUUUGGACGAACAUAUUGGAAAUUCUCGAGAUACUAGUUUUGAACAAAUGAUAAUGCAGCAAACGAAAGGUCGCGGAGUUGACAUCGUGUUAAAUUCAUUGGCGGAAGAAAAAUUAAUCGCCUCCGUUCGGUGUUUAGCUCAAAAUGGACGAUUCUUAGAGAUUGGCAAAUUUGAUCUUGUUUCUAAUAAUCCCUUAGAUAUGUCUGCGUUUCAAAAAGGUAUCAGUUUUCAUGGAAUUAUAUUGGAGAAUGUACUCACUGACGAUCGCAAGUAUAAAUCAUUAUUGUGCAAAAUGGUAGCUGAUGGUCUUGAAAAUGGAACAAUCAAACCAAUUCAAGUAAAAAUUUUUCCAAAAACCGAUAUCAAAGAAGCUUUUAGGUAUAUGGCGAGUGGAAAACAUAUAGGAAAGAUAAUUAUAAAUAUCCAUGAAAAGAAUGAACCUUUAGAUAAGCACAUUCUCGCGUACCGUCGCUAUUAUUGUCUCAGAGAUAGAAGUUACAUUGUACUAGGAGGUCUAGGUGGAUUUGGAUUAGAAUUAACCGACUGGCUUAUACUUCGCGGCGCCAGAAACGUCGUUUUAAUUUCACGAACUGGAAUAAAAAACGGUUACCAGCGCGCGAAAGUUCGACUGUGGAAAUCAUAUGGUGUAAAAGUUCUAAUCAUCAAAAAUAUCAAUGUUGCUGACACCAAAGACUGUGAAUGUCUCUUACGAAGCGUGGAAAAAGAAGCGCCGGUGGAUGCAAUAUUCAAUCUCGGUAUGGUGCUAAAGGACAGCUUCUUGAAGAAUCAAACCGCAGAAACUUUCGCGGAAUCCUUCUUAUCAAAGGCUCGAGCAACUCAAACAUUGGACAAACUUUCUAGAAAAAUCUGCCUUAAUUUACGUCAUUUCGUAGUGUUCUCUUCCGUUUCCUGCGGCAGAGGAAACGCUGGACAGACUAAUUAUGGCAUGGCCAACUCCAUCAUGGAGAGAAUUUGCGAAAAGAGGGUGAAGGAAGGGUUACCUGGAUUGGCGAUUCAGUGGGGAAUUGUAGGUGACGUAGGUCUCGUCGCUGACAUGCACGAAGACAAUAAGGAAUUAAUUAUCGAUGGCACCUUACCACAGAAGGUAUCCUGCUGUCUCGACGAGCUCGAUAAGUUUUUACUUCAAAGCCGACCGAUUGUGAGUAGCAUGGUUAUAGCUAAGAAGAAAACAAGGUCUUCCGGAUUUAGCAAUCUGAUAGAAACUGUCGCUAAUAUUUUAGACAUACGUGACAUGAAAGUUGUAAGUCAAACUUCAUCUCUGGCCGAACUUGGAAUGGACUCCAUGAUGAUCGUUGAAAUCAAGCAAACUCUGGAACGAGAGUUUGAUAUUUUUUUCACAUUGCAAGAGAUACGAAAUCUUACUUUUGCAAAACUCAUUGAAACAUCCACAAACAUCAGUGAUAAAAAUAUGAAUGAUAGAAAGAAACUCAACACAGAGAUGCCACAAUAUUUAGCAUAUUUAAUUUUUGGUAUAAAAAAUGAAGACUUUAUUUCACAAAUUUGUUCCACUCUUUCAACUAAAAGACAGGGAACUACAACUGAAGUAUUUCUUAUACCGGGUGUCGACGGAUGUGGAACUACAUUUAAUCAUUUAGCACCAAAUAUUUUAUUUUCAGCAACGUCCUUCCAUUAUAACACAAGCAACAUUGAUGCUCCUACAAACAUUAUAUUAGAGAAAACUGAUUGUCUCAUGAAGUACAUAAUACCAAAACUGAGAAAUGGGAAAGAUUUUGUAAUGGUAGGAUUCUCCUUCGGAUCUAUUAUCGCAAUUGAGUUAACAAGAAGAUUGGAGGCUAUGAAUUUGAAAGGCCGAGUGAUUCUUAUCGAUGGCGCUCCUGAACAAAUACGAACGAUAUACAAAUAUUAUAUGCCAAGUUCCGAGUUAGACCUCCAGAUUUACGUUCUAACUCAUAUUAUGGAAAUUUAUUCACCAGGAAAUAGUGAAAAGAUUCUAAUGGAAUUGAAGAACUGUAACACUUGGAACGAAAGAUAUAAUAUUUUCGCCAAACAGUUCUUAGUUAUAAAAGCACCACUUUCACUUGCAAAUUUAAAGACGCUGUGUACAACGAUUUACAAACAUUUAUCCGCUCUCCAAGGAUAUGAUCCUUCUACUUUGACACCUAUUAAAUCUUCCAUAAUUUUGCUAAAACCUACACACCCGUUGAAUAUACCAUCGAUUGAAGAGGAUUAUGGUUUGUAUAAGGUAUUUAAAAAAAUGCAUUAAUCUGUAUUGAA